UACAUGUCAUUCACAUCAUUUUAUUUUGUGAAAUCUAAAAUCGAGUUGAUUUUGUGUAAAAUAUUCAAAGGUGGUGGCACUGGACAUGUGCAGCUCCGUAUUCCGGACCAUUGUGUUGAAAAACUGAGUAUUGAGUGGCAGCUAAUAAUUUAGUGUUAUUGUAUGGUUAUCAAAAUUUCGCAUAUUAUUAUUUUUCUAUAGAUUUCUUCGACUUUAUUGCUAAUGUGUUAAAAUUGGGGGUGAAAAUGUGUUUUAUUGGAUACACACGGGACAUUAUGUGACUGUCCAUAUUUUUGCUGUGUUCAGUGGUUGGUUUUCUAUUUUGGACUGAAUUUGGGGCUAAAUUUAUAACGAGAUAUUGUACUUUUGAGAUGAAUUACAUUCGAGAGAAGGCGUAGAAAUUGCAUAUAUGGAUUCGAGGAUAGUGAAGAAACAUCGCAUAAAAGUUGUAUCAACCUCCUUGUAUCAGUCUUACAGCGUUUUGGAAUAAUCCAAAAUAUCUGCUAACGAUAUCGAACAAUGUGCUCCGUCAAGCGCCGUCCAUCACAACUGAAAACUGAUUCGAACACUAGCAAGAGCCCCGGGGUUGUGAAGCUACAGAUUAAAACAAAUUCGAAUUUGACGAAACAAAAUAAAAAAAAGAAAAACUACGAGCUUACAAACAUUACAGCUACACCGAACCUGUGUUCCACGGAAAUCGAAAUCUAAGGACAAUCUAACUUUUUAACUGACCACAGUUUUUCCCCUCGACAUCUGGGAGUUUUAGAUUUUUUUCUGAAAAAAGCUUUAACUAGUGUUUUUGAACGAAGAUUCUAAAUUAAAAAAAAAUAGUUGCCUUCUAAUAGUACGUAGUGUCUAUACCUUCAUUGGUCCAACACCUUUAAUGUGUAAAUUAAAUAUAUUUCUCAGUGGAUAAUGUAUUGAUGUGUGAAAUUAUACGAUUAUUUUAGAGAAGUUAUAUACUGAAUACGAUUAUAAAGGGUACAUAAAAUGGAGAAUUCUGAGGUAGAAAAUAUCUGCAUUGAAGAUGGACCUCUUAGUAGGAGCCGGAGUUUCAAAACUAAGCAGCUGGUACGUAGUCAGGCGAUACGCGAGUCUCAGUCGCCGCCGCACACUUCGCCGGCGCAUGCGGCGAAUGUUCGCUCGGGCCGGCGCGCUCCCUGCGCCAGCGGGGACGCCAGUGAUGCCUCCAGCCCCGCCAGCGAUCUCGGCAGGGACGACGAUAGGAAAAAACAUGUUGAGAUACAGAUAAGUGGUGGUGGAUGGGAGUGCGAGCAGCUGGAGCAGCGGCAGCGCGCGCAGUUGUGGCCGGGCCGCGCUCCAGACCUGCUCUCAUACAACCCGCGCGUCGCCUGCGUCUGCGGCGCCUGUGGAGCCUGCCCGCACUGCAAAGGGCGACGACGGAAACCAGUGUGCCCGAAGCAGGAUUCUGGCAUCGUCUGCUCUGACGAGUGUCCGGACUGUUCAGAUUCAGAGCAAACAGGUAGUCCCAAGGAGGUUCCGAAGAAAUCUGUCAGUCUGGAGGCUGACGACACUUAUUAUUGCAGGUGUCCGGAGAGAAAAGAGAGACCAAGGACUAUUCUACUAAAUAGAACUGAUUCUGACGAUAAAUUGGAGCCCACUGGACCCGAAUUGGUGGACUUCAUCAAGGAGACGUUGAACAAGAAUUCUCGAGACCGGCUGACGCUGCUCAAGAUUGAGAAGGAGCUGCAUAAUCUGGUCAAUGAUACUGGGCGCUGCAUAGUGCGGUUCCCGGUGAUGACGUCAUACGGGCGCAUGCUGGUGCACCGCUGCGCCGCGCUCUUCCAGCUCUCACACCACAUCGACCAGAACAACAAGACCUGCGUCAUGGUCUCCAAGACUGGCACGAGUGGCGGCCGCAUCCCCUGCACCAGUUUCAAGGAAUGGUGCACCACCGUGUUCCCCGCAAGCCCGCAGCACCGACGUGACGAUACGCUCGCCAAGUCGAUAUUGAAGCGUUCGUCAGCUGCGGGGGAGGAAGCGGGCGGGGCGGCGGGGGGCGCGGCGCGCAGCAAGUCGCUGGAGCAGCGCGAGAGAGAGUACGAGCGCGUGCGACGACGCAUAUUCAGCUCGGACAAUUGUACUCAAGACGAGACGCAGUGGCCGUGGCUCGCUACGGGCCCUGUCAAACUGCUGACCUCUGAAGGACGCAAUAAACUUAUUAAGGUACAAUCUUUGGAGAGCCGCGGUGGAGAGCUCCCGCGGGCUGCGCGCGGUCCGGUCUCUAAGAGCCACAGCUUCGGAGGGUACGCCGCGGAGCCGCCCAACACUCGCCUGCUUAGCAAACAAGGUGACCUCGCGUCGAGCAGUUGGCGCCUGUCUCCCUCUAGUUCAGGGUACAAGACUCUCAGUUUGAGGAGCACCGACUCUGUCACUCCUUCGCCUACAGGUGGCGCGAGUCCAGAGCCUGGCUCAAUGGGCGCUAUGGGCGCCCUGGGCAUGGAGUGCACGGAGGGCGGGACCUUGGUGUGGGCGGUGACGGACCUGUCCGCGGUGCCGCCCGGCGCGCUAGUCAUACAUCCACAGACGGGUCGUCCGCUGACCAACCCCGACGGCAGCUUGUACCACUUCGACCCCGCCAACCCUCCAGUACUACACGAUGCUAACGUCUUCUUGCCCAAUGAUCAAUUCAAGGUUGAUCCAAACAACGAAAAGAGAAGAGGCAGGUUAGAAAAACAACACUCCUUCAUGGAUAAUGAAUGCGAGUGCCAGUCCGGGGAGGAUUGCCGCACCAAGUGCUGCUGCGAGUGCAGGCGACAGGCGGGACAGGACAGCUCCGGCAACAACACCAAUGAGGCAUCAACACAAGAGGAGAAACCAAACUCCAUCCCUCCUAGCCCGAGUAAAAGUCGACAGGAAGAAACCAUUGAUGAUGAUAAUGCACAAAUUGAUAACAAUCAAUAUGAGCAAAAUGAUAUAAUAAACACUCAACCAACGACUACAUACGAACACCAAAAAGAAUUCGAACAGUCAACCAUCCAACACGAAAACCAAAAAGAAUUUCAACAGUCAACCAACCAAUGCGAACCAAAAGAAAUUCAACAGCCAACCAACCCAUACGAUCAACGAGAGUUUCAGCAGUCAACCAACCAAUACGAGCAAAAAGAAUAUCAAGCGCCAGCCAACCAAUACAAUCAACGAGAAUUUCAACAGCCAACCAAUCCUUACGAGCAAAAAGAAUAUUUACCACCAACCAAUCAUUACGAGCAAAAAGAAUAUCAACAGCCAACCACGCAAUACGAACAAAAAGAAUUUCGACCACGGUCAUAUGAGGCGCAAAAAAUAUAUGACCCCAAUGAAAAUUCUCGAAUGUUCGAUAAUCAACGGCCGUACGAUAUACCUCAGAAACCAUAUGAACAAUACGGCUCACCCAGUCAUAGAACACCGUCACUGGAACAACAGAAAGCCUUCGAAAACGCACAAAGAAAUGAAGCAAUCGCUCAGAGAAUGGCAAAUAAAAUGUCUCAAGAUGGACAGGACAUGGUCCAAUAUUUCCAUCAUCAAAACUAUAUGCAGGGAUAUCGCAAUGACGAGGUGACGUCACCGGCGCAGGUGCAGGCUCAGGCGCUGGGAACCACGUACCUACAGCAGGAUAUGAGCAACGUGCACAUGAUGCAGCACAAGCUGACCCCGCUCCCCGUGCCUCUACCCCUGCCACUGCCCGAACAUAACAUACGUCCAAUGUCGAUGUCCAACGUGGUUUAUCCGUCGCCGAUGCCCCAAGGAUAUCCCUACGUCAAUCAAUGCCGAAUGGAGGCGCCGCUGCAGCAGGUGUACCCGCAGCUAAUGCCGUCCCUGGAGGAGCCGAAGCACUCCAACGACAAUACCUUCCGCAUCGAUCCGAGUUACCCUUACGCGGCAGACUUUAGUGCGGCGUGCGGUGCGUGCGCGAGCGCAGGCGCCUGCGACCCCGCCAUGCAACAUCAACCACGCGGUUACAAUGUGCCGUACGGACAAGUGGAGAUGCAGCAGUAUCCAGUCGGCAACGUGCUCGUACCUCAACAGAUGCCACAUUAUCCUAUUAGUUACGGUGAGGCGGUGCCGUGGGGCGUGCAGCCGACGCAGCCCAAGCUGCUGGUGCAGGAGGUUUACCCGCUCGUCUACCCCAACGUUUAUCCACAGUACAAUGUGGUCUACCCACCGGUGCUCCAGCAGCCGUAUCCGAUAUGUCAGCCGAUGUACCCAGUCAUAGACAAGCCGAGCGAGCCUCCGCGUCGCAACAGCGCCGCCAGCAAUAGGCUCUCCAAGCAGACAUCCAUUGCCGGCUCCGCGCGCAACACGCCAGAUGACAAACCUAAAGAUUUCGAUGAUAAAAAUCAACCAAGUAUACAGAAUCAACAAAAUAGAGAACCCGUCCGCAAUCUAAGUCGACAGAAUUCUAAUGAAAUUGCCGUCAAAAUACAACAAAUUAAAGAGCAAAUGUCACAACUGAAUACGCGGGAUGAUAGAAGUUUUAGGAAAGACGAAUGGAAGAGGCGGAACAGCGGCAGCGGUAUAUUGGGCAACUAUCCUGUUGCUAACUUCAAUGGUAGAGUUAUGGGAAGGGAUGAUAAUCAGUUGAGUACAGCUGCACGCGCUAUCGUGAACUCGAUACGCAGUAUGCAAGCCAGGAAUAAUUAUCAUCAGGAUGGUCGUCGUACAUUCGACUACAGUCCUCAGUACCGCACCGAGAGACAAGAGGGCGCGCAGCGCGGCCGCCGACACGACAGAGACGACAAGGACAAGCCAGCAUUCAAGAAGGCGGAGUCAUUUGACGCCAAACCAGAGGGAGAGAGGAGAUUCGACGGCAUACCACGCAAUAGAAACUUCAAUCCGCUACCGUUUCAGUACCGGCCGCCGUAUUUAUUUAGACAGAUGUCACCCGGUGCUUGGUGCAGGCGUUCACCGGGACCGGUACAUCCAGUAUUAGGACAUCCGAGGCGACCACAUCCAGAUACAAGGAACGGCCGGCGUUAAACCAUAGACAUUUAUCCUUGACACAAUCACAUACAAAGAAGUUAACCCAUACAUACAUAUCCUUGCCCGUACAGCGGAGUACACGACACAGACACAAAUUAUAUAUGUAUAAAAGUACAUAAAACAAUCUCAUUGUAAAAAUAUAUUACCUAAAAAGUACAGCUAUAUUGUACACAAUAUAUAAAUAUAUAUCUAUAAAUAAAUAGUCGUAAAAUAAAUAUUUUUGAAGUCAAUAAUUAGAGUAGUGGAGUAGUGGAUAAAGAACAUAUAUGGUAAAUUAUAUUUCCUUGUAAUUAUAUGUUUUAGUCACUAUAUAACAGUAAUAUAUAACUA